AUGGCGGCCGCCGGAACCCGGACUCUCGAAUUCACAGUCCUCUCAGCAGAGGACCUCCGCCUCGACGGAAGGCCGGUGAAGAAGAAAGCGUUCGUCGUCGUGAGGAGAAUCGACCCGUUCAUCAAUUCCGGGUCGACCAGGGCGGAUUCCGACGGCGGGAGCUACCCUCAGUGGAACGAGAAGGUUGUGAUCGAGAUGCCGAUGCUGACUGAUUCGGUGACAUUGGAAGUCCGAUCUGGAAACAGAGUGGUCGGAGCGGCGGUCGUGCCGGUUUCCGAUUUCUUGGGGGACGGCCCGACGCCGGAGGAUUACUUGCAUUUUUUGAGCUACAGGCUGCGGGACCCGCGAGGGGUUAAGAAUGGAAUCAUCAAUUUCUCGGUUAGGGUUAGGGGCGGCGGCGGCGGGGGAAGUAUUUAUGGUUGUUCGCCGGCAGCGGGGAAGAAGGUGGUGGGGGCGGAAUGCGGCGGUUCUUCCACGCCUCCGUCGUGGGGAGUGCCGAUGGUGGGUGGCCGGAGUAAUUACGGUGGCGGCGGAGGAGUGGUCACCGGCGUUCCUGUUUGGGGCUCUUCUCGCGCUUAA